AUGGCUCCCUCUGUAGCUGAGCUGAAAGGAGAAGAACUGCCCAACCCUACGGCAGGCCUGAAAGCCAAGCUGUCAUACCCAUUCUACUACCCGUAUUUCGAUGUCAGCGAAAAGUUCCCUCCCACUCAACUUUUCGAACACACCGACGCCGGUGCAAAUGCUGACCCCGCCAAACCUAAUCUCCUAACACCGAAUACCACUACUCGGAACAUAAGCCCUUACAUUGGCACUGAAAUCACUGGAGUUCAAAUAUCCCAAUUGGGCAAAGAAGGUUUAGACGAACUCGCGCUUUUCGCUGCUGAGCGGAAAGUUCUCUUGUUCAGGGAUCAAGAUUUCAAGGAUAUUGGACCCGAACGGCAGAUUGCGAUAGCUAGACACUUUGGACCCAUUCAAAGGCACCCUACUUCCGGAAAUGUCAAAGGGUAUCCAGAAUUCCAUGUCGUCUAUCGGGACCCCGAACAUGAUAUUUUCAGGGAAUACCGCGGAAGAGAUCAAGUUAGCGGCGUCAGUUGGCAUUCGGAUAUCUCGUACGAAAAACAGCCACCAAGUACCACAUUUUUCUUCAUUCUUGACCAGCCCGGUGUGGGGGGUGACACAUUGUUCCUAUCUCAAGUGGAAGCGUAUAGGCGUUUGUCACCCGAAUUCCAGAAACGCCUUGAAGGCCUCCGCGCUGUACACUCUGCAGUCUACCAAGCGGAAUUUUCUGAACGACGAGGAGGUCCUGUACGUAGGGAACCCGUGGAAACCGAGCAUCCUCUAGUCAGAAAACAUCCCGUCACAGGAGAGAAAGCGCUCUACGUGAAUCAAGGUUUCACAAGGCGUAUCGUGGGGUUCAAGAAGGAAGAGUCGGACCUCAUCCUAAACUUCCUUUUCGACCACAUCGCCAAGGGUGCCGAUUUCCAAAUCAGAGCCACGUACGCUCCGGGAACAGUGGUAGUAUGGGAUAACCGUGUCACAGCACAUUCCGCCACCGUUGAUUUCGAAAACACCAUCCUGAGGCAUGCGGUGAGGUUGACGCCGCAAGCCGAGGUUCCCAUUCCAGCUUAA